AUGGGUGUCUUCACCUGCCUCGUGCUCUCAGUUGCCGGGACCCUGGCGUUUAGCCUCUACCGCGCCUACAGAGGGACCUGUCAGCUAGCGGCGGACCUCCAGGAUCUUCGGAUCAUCUACAUCACACGCGCGCAGCCCCGGAAGUACGGGACGCGCUUACAGGGCCAGCUGGAUACCUGGAUGAACGAUAUCCCCAGGGAGGACCUCUUCGUGACGUCCUUUACGCUUGCAGCAGACAAAGCGCUGGCCAAGAGGGACAUGGAGUCGGUCCAUGAGUUCCAUUGUCCGGACAACCACGAUAUGGGUGUCUGCUGUGUCGAGGCCAACGCACUCAUCCAGAUGCAGAACCGUACUUUCGACUGGGUCUUCAUUGUGGAUGAUGACGUUUACGUGGUGGUCGACAACUUGAGGCGCGUGCUGGCCCGCCUCCAUCCCCGAUCGGAGCUGCAGAUAGCAGCUUUGGGAUAUGGUAUCACAGGCUGUGUGACGAAGGGCCGUCCGUGUGGCUUCUGCGGUGGUGGUGGCUACGCCUUGAGUGCGAAGGCUGUCCAGGUGCUGCUCGGCAAAGACACGGAGAAGUUCAUGCAUAGGUACAUGAACGACUGUCAGAGGACGCGCUACUGCGACGUCACGACAGAGUGUUUGGCUGAGCAGAAUGGCACCAAAGUUUUCAAGAUGCACGGCCUCCACCCCUGGAGGGUCGGCAAUCCGAAAUGGAACUUGACAGCCUUGGAAGGCUUCUUCCAUACGCCCAGUGGCACGCUGGAGGAGUGCCCCAUCAGCUUCCACUACGUGCAAGAGUCGCAGACCAUGCGGGCAGCGCACGAGUUGGCCAAAAGAUGGGCGCCUCGAUGCUAUCUACUGUGGAUUUGGACAAGAGGAAGAUGGGGGUUUCUGAAAAUAGGGGACCCUAAUAUAGUACCCUACAUAGGAUCCUUAUUAUAA